AUGAGCUGGGAUCAAGAUCACAAGCCGACGGAAAAAUUGGAGAUCAACGAAGCGGUUGGGAAGCUUCUACUAUCAUUUAACUAUGACACCAUAUUACCUCAGCCAACAAAAGGUGGAGGGUGUAUGCGGCGCGCACACGUGAAGCGGCCAAUGAACGCGUUCAUGGUGUUCGCACAGGCGAUGCGUAGGCGCCUCUCGGAGGAACGGCCCUCGCUGCACAACGCAGAACUCAGCAAAUCACUCGGGUCUAUGUGGAAGAGCCUAAGCGAGGAAGAAAAAUUACCCUUUGUAAAAGAAGCAGAAAAACUUCGGACGCAGCAUAAACGAGAGCAUCCUGACUACAAGUACCAGCCACGACGACGUAAACCUCCACCAGCUUCAACUGCCAGGCUUAAGCAGGAACCGACACCUGAAAGAUAUGCUCCUCAAAUUGACUUUUCACGUAUAGAAGUCGAUGGGGCGCUCCUAGCAGACGGGCCGCCUGACGGCGCUGAACUAGAUCAAUAUUUGAAGCCAGCGCCUAUAUCGGAUUACCACGAAAUGCAACCACGCUACUCUCAUACUCUAACGCAUCACCCACCAGGAAUUUACACUCCCGUCCCCUCUCAUUUACACCCGCCCUGUGCAGAUUGGCAACACUACCCGGGACAUCCCUAA